AUGUCUCAUCCAAGGGUAGAAACAGAACCAACUCGGAGGUAUCGAGUGCCAUCCACGUCUGUGAUCUCUCUUGAGCAUCCAUGCAUCGUACGAAACCCGGAGAAGGCUGUUCAGAUGGUGGGCGGCCCCAGCGAGAUUGCCCAGGCCCUCGACGUUGAGAGUGGCAAGACGUUGGGACUCAGUUUUCAGCCAGAGAACCCGGACAGUCGAACAGUGCUCUCAUAUAACAGAAAGACCGACAACUUGCUCCUCAAGAUCACGGUGCCUAAGAGGACGGGCAGAAAGCGGAAGCGCGGCUCGGACGACGCUUUCACUGAGCACACUCCUGAGGACACUCGAAAAGAUGUCGCUUACCUGCUACGCUCUCUCCAUGACAAUCCGCAAACCCACAAGGCAGAAGUUGCAGGAAAGGUCAGAUCGACGCACGUUUGGCGGACGAUGCCGGACUAUGUGUACACAACAAGAGACUCGCAAUUUCUCCGUGACGUGCGCUCAAAAAUCAUGACUCAAGACUACCCCCUCGUCAAGCAAUGGUCUCUACCCGAGUCAUACGGGCUGCAGGACACCGAAGUAUUUCCACCUGCUAUACUCUCCGCCCAGACUCUCCCUGCAAAUUACAUGUAUCGACAGAAUCCGGCUGUAAAGACUGUCUCUGACCCAGAGACUGGCAAGAUGUCACUCUUCAAUACCCAGGCACCACAACGGCUUUUCACUUACCAAUGCCAGUGGGACGAUGAAAAGUUCCCCGACCGACCCAACCCUGAAUGCCCUCCUCUGCACAGCUUUCCGGAGAGCCACAUCAAACUGUACGGCUUCAUCCAACGGCUGUUCGAUCAGCGGCCACUGUGGACGCGCCGAGCUCUCAUCAACCAGUUUCCAGACGACGUCCCCAUAUUUGCGGCCCGCUAUAUAAUUUCAUACGUUGGAUACGCCGUUCGCUCGGGACCUUGGAGGGACACCUUCUGCAAAUUUGGCAUAGAUCCGAGGAAAGACCGUUCUUACCGGAAAUAUCAGACGGUUAUGAUGCAGCUUUUGCACAGCGGAGAAGGAUUCGACCGCUCGUGGGCAAGGAGCAAGGAUAAGUCGUCCCACAUCUUCACAGGCAAGCCGCCGUACCCAACCGAUGGCAAACUGUGGCAGCUGUGUGAUCUUGAGGAUCCUGAUCUGAAAGCGCUGGUCGAUACGCCGGAGAUCAACCUCCGACAUGAAUGUGAACUCAGGUAUUUCGGUUGGUACAGCAACGGGACCAUGGCAAAAAUCCGCAUCGCACUCAAAUCUAAAUCGGAUGCCCUGAUUAACAACGAGACACUGGAUUCUGCCGCCAUGCAGAAUUUCUUGACUCUACCCGAUUACUGGGAAGGGAUGGGUAUGACUGACUCCAGCGAUCAGAUCAGGUCAUCUAUGGGCUUCUUGGGCAAGGAUGUCUCCAAGAAAGAGCUCGAGUGGGCGGCUGCGUACCGAGCCCUGUGUCGAACUACCGCUGGCUCCCUCCCAACAUCUGGAGGAAGUGGAAAAGGUCGAUUGAGCAAGUCAAAGCCCGCGACGACGUCGAGCUACCUCGAGGCUGGGCAGACACCUGUGUCCGAAGAGCCUGAUAUUCCUCAAGGCUAUGAAGAGCCAGAGGAUGAUCAAGACGAUCUCAACGAGGAACAAGAGGGAGAAGACCAAGUGCUGUGA